GCGCCCGCGCCGCCUCACGGGCUGAGCGGAGCCCCGGCCAUGGAGCUCCGCAGGUCCAUCUCGGCCAGCGCCGAGGCCGAGAGACCCAUGCGGCGCUACGGGGCAGUGGAGGAGACGGAGUGGAAGGCGGAGGCGCUGGGCAGAAAUCAACUUGACAUCAUUUCAAUGGCUGAAACAACAAUGAUGCCUGAGGAAAUUGAGCUGGAGAUGGCAAAGAUCCAGAGACUUCGGGAAGUCUUAGUCAGAAGAGAAUCAGAACUCAGGUUUAUGAUGGAUGACAUCCAGCUGUGCAAAGACAUUAUGAACCUUAAGCAAGAGCUGCAGAGUUUGGUAGCAAUCCCAGAAAAAGAAAAAACAAAGAUGGAGAAGCAAAGAGAGGAUGAACUGAUUCAGAAGAUUCAUCGACUGGUACAAAAAAGAGAUUUUCUUGUGGAUGAUGCAGAGGUGGAGAGAUUACGGGAAAAAGAAGAAGACAGAGAGAUGGCUGAGUUCCUUCGCACCAAGUUAAAACCCAUAGACAAAGCAACACAGUCUCCUACCAGCAGCCCAGCAGAAAAGAAGGCAGAACCUCCUCCAAGCAAGCCCACCAUUGCCAAGGCAGGGUUGGCAAUUAUUAAAGAUUGUUGUGGGGCCACGCAGUGCAACAUCAUGUAGAGCCCUGGGCUUCCUGCCCUGCUUGUCUUUGCAAUGUUUCCAUUGA